AUGGAAUCGAACUAUCAAGCGCACCCUAGUUUCACUGAAGAUCCAGUUUUUUCGAUGCCUAUGGAAUCGAACUAUCAAGAGUACCCUAGUUUCAUUGAAGAUCCAGUUCUUUCGAUGCCUAUGGAAUCGAACUAUCAAGAGUACCCUAGUUUCAUUGAAGAUCCAGUUGAUUUUUAUUGGAAUUCUCUUCCACCGGGUUUUCGGUUUGCCCCAAGUGAUGCAGAGCUAAUUCUAUAUUACUUGCAGAAAAAGAUGUUGAAGCAGCAACUGCCCCUUAACAAGAUCCGUGAAAUCGAUAUUUAUCAAUACCAUCCUCAAGACCUUGCUGAGACACAGUUGAACAGACAUGGAGAACAAGAAUGGUACUUUUUCACUCCUAGGGAGCGAAAGUACGCCCAUGGUUCAAGGCCAAAUCGAACAGCAGACCAUGGGAAUGGAUUCUGGAAGGUAACUGGAAAAGAUGAAGUCAUCACAUUAGCUUCUGGAGCUAGAAUUGGAUUCAAAAAUACUCUGGAUUACUUUGAAGGGACACAUUCAGAAAACCAAAAGACCAAAUGGAAAAUGCACGAGUAUAGACUAAGAAAAUCAGAGAAAGAUGAAGAUAUUGCUGCUUCAAAUGAUGGCGAAAAACAUCAACGAGACAUGAAGUUAGAUGAUUGUGUUCUGUGUAAGAUUUACACAAGCAACAGAUGCAAGGAAGGGAAAAGAAAGAGGACUGCUGCAAAGAGAUCACUCAAUCCUGAUGAUCAAAAUAAAGAUGUUCAUGAGCAUGAAAAUCAAGUUCAAGAUUCUGGCGUCACUCAUUGUCUUUCAGGACCCAUCAACAACUUCAAUAAUCAGAACAAUACACAGCACAACGUGCCAAGUUCAUUUAACACCCAUGUCAUGAACUUUGAGCGUUCGUUGAAAGCCGAUAAGAAGCCUCGAAAGUGA